UAUACACAUAUAAAGUCCUCUUUGCUGCUAAUGAUGGUAUAUCAUUAUUAUAGCUUAUAUUCAAAUAGUUCAUGGCUUUUAUAAAGAGAAUAGUAUUGUUGAUGUAUUGUCUUUCGAUGUUGCAUCCAUUUUAAAACGCAAGUUAGAAAUAGAAGCAAAAAGAUUAAAUAAAGAACGGAUGCAAUUAGGUAAAAUGUAACAUGUAUACAUAGUUUAUAUAAUUAUAUAAAUAUGUGCAUAAUAGAAUUAUCGAUGAAAGGAGAUAAAGAGAAAAUAGUCUUAACAGCUUAUGUUCCAAUAAAGACAUAUAAUAAUAAGAAAAUGUAUGCAGAUCAAGAUUCUUCUAUUGAAAGUAAUAAAGACAAAACCUUGAUAUUACAACAAUUUCAAGAAUAUAAAAGUCGUAUCAAGGAAAUUCAACUCAAGCAUGAACAAUAUAAAAAAGACAAACAGAAUUUAUUAGAGGAAUUAAACUGUAAGGAAAGAUAUAUAGAAGAAAUGAAAACGAAACAUCAACAAGAGAUUCAAAACUUAUCAUUGCAAAUAAAAGAAAUAAAUCAAAAAGAUGACAAGCAAAGAGAUAUGAUGCAAUGCCCUUUAUUAUCUCCUCCACAUGAGAAUAUAAAAACUAUAAAAAGUGAACCCACUACACCUUAUUAUGAGCAAGAUCCUGUUUUAUCCAUAAACGAACACGAAAGAAGGAUUAUUCAACAAUUACGAUAUGACCAUGCACAGGAGAUUCAACAAUUACAGCAGCGUUGGGAAGCAGAGCGUGCAGCACAAUUACAAAAAUUUCGUGAUAUUCAGGAACGUGAUCAUGCUGAUGUGAUAGCAUUAGUAAAUGCAUUAGCAGCUGAAAAGACACAAUUAUUAGAUCAACUUACUCAAGUGAAGAAUGAUCUUUCAAAUAACUCACUCUUCUCUUAUCAUCAUGACGAUAAAGAAACAAGGUUGUUAAAUAAGGAAAUUAAUAUAUUACAAAUACAUACAGUGCAAAUGGAAGAGGAAAAGGAUGAUCUUCAAAACGAAAUAGGUCAACUAAAAGCAGAUAGAGAUAAAAUCUAUAAAGAUUUUAUUAACUUUAAAAGGGAAACAAAUGAGGCAAAUCUAGAAUUGUUACAUUUACAUAACGACGAUACUAUAUCCUUAGUUGAUCUACUAAAGAGAACACUAGGAAAUAUAACAAACUUACAAGCCCAUAAUAAUAAUUUAGAAGAGUCUAUGGAAUCUGCUUAUAUGACUGGAAUGUAUCCUUAUUAGUAGAAAUAUGUAAUGAUGUAUCACUAUAAAUAAAUUUUAAAUAGGAAAGCCUGUAUAGUCAGGCACUUUCUCCUUUAAUAAUUUUUCAG